CCCUCUCAGUGAGGACUGACCCCUCACACACACAAACUAACACUCUGUAGCAUGUGCUGAAAGAGCUUUCAGUAAUCUGUGUGGUAGACUUAACAAAAAUGCUCUUGGAUUCUAAUGCAUUUUCUGUAGUCACUUUUUCGUUUGUUUUUAUGUUCAAGUUGAAGAAAAGUGAACUUUGCAGCUGCUACAACAAGAAGAGGAGGUCCUCAUGGUAGAUUCCUGCGUCCCGCUGUGUGCGCUGUAGCUUCACACAUACACAGCACAAUGGCACAUGGCUUUCCCCGUCUAAAAGGCUUUAAUUACUGGUGUUGAUGAAUCUGGGGAAGACUGCUGGCUUUGUUUCUGGCUUGAGCUCUGAGCUGGAUGGUGAGUUUCCAGGGUUACUCUGCAUGAAAAGAGGUGCAAAACAAGCAGCAUAAAGAGCAAAGGAGAAAAGUUUACUGGUCUCACUACUUACUUCUGACUGAUCUAAAUCGGCCCACUGAGAGAUGAGGGUCUCUAAAAGAGAGUCGGCCACUGAUGAAGGUACUGACAAAACAGUGAAAGAUGAUGCAGUUCAUCUCAGGAGGAGGAUAGGCCUGCUUCCGUCAGUUUCUUUCAUCAUCGGCACUGUGGUGGGCAGCGGCAUCUUCAUCGCCCCCAAAGGCGUGUUGAUGAAUUCGGGAAGUGUGGGGUUGUCCCUGGUGGUCUGGACUCUGUGUGGCGUCCUCUCCACUUUUGGUGCUUUAUGCUAUGCUGAGCUGGGCACGAGCUUCAGAAAAUCAGGCGGUCAUUACACCUACCUGUUGGAGACCCUGGGGCCCCUGCCCGCCUUCCUGCGACUGUGGACUGAGUUCAUAUUCAUCAGACCUGCAGUGGCCACGUACGUGUCUCUGGCUUUUGGUCAGUAUGUAGUGGAGCCGUUAUUCAUGCCGUGUGCUGCUCCAACAGCUCUGGUCAAACUCGUCAGCAUGCUGGGAGUCACAUUUGUGGUGGCAAUGAACUGCUGGAGUGUGUCAAUGGCAGCACGUACGCAGGUCUUGCUGACCUUCAUCAAGAUGUUUGCUCUGAUUCUGAUCAUCAUCCCAGGCAUCAUGGCUCUGGUCAAUGGGAAAACCGAAAAUUUCCAGAAUGCCUUUGACUCUGAUUCUUUAUCUCUGACCAAACUUCCUUUGGCCUUUUAUUCAGGUCUUUAUGCAUAUGGUGGAUGGUUUUAUCUAAAUUUCAUAACGGAAGAGGUAAUUAACCCAAACAGAACCAUCCCAUUGGCUGUCAUUUUCUCCAUGGUGACUGUUACCGUGUGUUACGUGCUGGUCAAUGUGGCUUACUACACCAUGAUGACCGCAAAUGAGUUACUAAUGUCAGAUGCCGUGGCAGUGACAUUUGCAAGUCGGGCUCUGCAGGGUGUAGCUCCAGCAAUACCAGUAUUAGUUGCUCUUUCUUGCCUUGGAGCUCUUAAUGGAGGAUUUUUUAGUUCACCCAGGAUGUUGUUCGUAGGAGCCAGAGAGGGUCACUUACCGGCUAUCUUCUCCAUGAUCCAUAUCCGCAGACAAACGCCACUGCCAGCUGUGCUAUUUCUGUAUCCUCUGGUGAUCAUCAUGAUGGCGAGAGGAGAGAUCUUUCAACUGAUCAACUUUGCAUCCUUCUCUCGGUGGCUCUUCAUCGCCUUGGCCACCUUGGGAAUGAUCAUCCACCGCUACAGAUUUCCAGAUCAUCCCAGACCAUUCAAGGUCCCUCUAGCAGUUGCGGUGGUCUUUACCAUAGUGUGUUUCUUCAUCGUGGGCCUGUCCUUGUAUUCAGACCCCUGGAAUACAGGCGGCAGCUGUGCCCUCACAUUAUCAGGAGUACCUGUGUAUUACCUGACAGUCAAGAAGUCAUACAUACCUGAACGCUGGAAAAAAGCCUUCAAUUAUUUAAGUCUACAUCUGCAGAUAUUCCUGGAAGUGGCUCAGCAGGAAGUGCAGACCUACUGAUGGAACUUCACCAAACACCAGCUGAAUUCAUGCCAUCUAACACACCUGAGUGUCAAAGGGCAUCAAAGUUACAUUUUAGUGGUGCUUGCUAUUUCUAUUGCCCCUAACUACCCUAGCAACAGCAUAGCAACAUCCUCACACCCUAUCCAAUAGUGCAAGCAUCACUUACAUUUUCAUCUACUGUAGUUUUUAUUCAAAUGAAAGACAAGUCUAAACAUACCCCGGGAAAGUCAGCUGUUGAUAGUUCACCCAAAAAUUAAUAAUUUACUCCCCAUCAUGUCAUUCCAAUUCCAUUAUACUUCGGUCAAUCUUCUUAACAAGUGAAGAUACUUUUAAUAAAAUCUGAGAGCUUUCUGUCCCUCCAUUGAAAGUCAAAGUAACCAAACCUAGUUUAAUGCAAGUGUUGUGAAGAGAUACGAUCGAUUGCUUCGAGGAAUUACACCUUUUUUUGUAAUAAAUCACAAAUAUGAUUGUAUAAAGUAUCCCUUUAUUCUCAAAAAGUAAGUACAAUAGGAACAGAAACCAAAUUGUAUGCUUUGUUGGAAAUGACAAUGGGUGUUUCUGGUUGAAGCCUGUUACCUCAGUAAAAUGCCUAGUAGAUAACUUUCAUAUUUCAAUACAGUCUUCAAAAAUAGGACAAAACACAUCCUAUUAUGGUUCUCUGAUUGGCAGAGGGUCUGGAUGGGAAGUUUUUUUGUAUCACCAAAAUGUACGCUGUUGAGAAAUGUCAAUGUUGAUUAUUACAUAGAUUUUCAAACGUGUGUGCAUUAACGUACUAUUAUUAGUAAAUAUAGUACUUAAUUUCUAAUCCUGAUGUAACAUCUUUCCACCAUAAAUCUGUCGACCAUGUAAUUUUUGUAUAUUUUUAUGACAUCUUGCUGUUUUUCAUUGGAAGAAUUCAACGUAAGCAUAUAUGCAUAGAAGCACAUAUGAACUCUGUGCAUGCUCAUAAAUCACUUUGCAUAUGCAAAUGAACAUUAAAAGCUUUGUAACACA